CUUCUCUACAGAGAUGCAAAGAGUGUUGUGAUGUAAACAAAAAGUGGUCUUGCACCAUUGAUAAUUAUAAUCUUGACCAAUUUGCUGAAUGUAACCUUCUACUUCUAGUCGAAUGUUGAAAGUACAGUUUAAGAAAAACAGUGAUGUAGCUAAUCCCCGAAAAUUGAAUUAUUAAAUGCCCAUUAAGAGCUACACGCGAUAUUAAUUUUAUUUAAUACUAAUACUAAUACUGGUUUUAGUAUUACGACAGCAGCGCCUUUAUAAUAAUAUAUAAUAUUAAUAAAUAUAUUGUUUUUGCAAACCGUGUGUAAGCCUAAAGAUCUCUGUUAUAGUCAGUCUUAAAUAAUAAUAACAGUUUCCAAUAACGAUUUCAUAUUCAGUCAGGUACUGACACUGAUUAUAUAAUGUCAGUAAAAUAUUCAAGAAUACCCACAGAUGACUGUGAAUCAGGUUUGACAUUUGACUACAGUUCUCCAUUUUCCUAUGACACGGAUUACAGCUAUAAGUACCGUUCAGCAUUUAAAUACAGCACCAACAAAGAUAGACAGAUAUAUUCAAACCUUGAUACUGAAUCUUUACACUCAACAAGAAGUGGGUUGAUAUGUCAUAUAUUUUUAUCUGGUGUAUUUAUUCUGCUAUUAAUUUUAACAUUUCCAAUAUCAAUAUGGUUUAGUUUUAAGAUGGUGCCAAACUUUCAAAAAGUUGUUGUCUUCAGACUGGGGAAGUUAAUUGGGGCAAAAGGGCCUGGAAUGGUUUUUGUGAUACCCUGUAUAGACAGGUUUCAUAAAGUUGAUGUUAGAAUCAAGGCUUUUAAUGUUCCACCAAAACAGAUUAUUAUAGGAGAUGGUGCAGUGAUUGAAGUUGGUGCAGAUGUACAUUAUAGAAUAACAGACGUUGAGAAAUCUAUUACUUGUGUUCAGAAUUUGGACCAGUCGACGCGCAUCUUAGUUCAGACAGCUCUACUUAAAUCAUUAGUUCGUAGGAAUUUAGCAGAAAUAGAGACACAGAGAAAUGCUUUGGGAAAAAGUGUUCAGGAGACAUCUAAUGAGACUUGUAUAACAUGGGGUGUAGAAAUAUGUAGAAUAGAAUUAUCACAAGUAAAGGUAUUAAGAGGACCACCAGCUAAAUCGACUCCUACAAUGAUGUUCCCUCCUGGAAUGAUGCCACCUGGUGCCUCCUCAUCUAAUCUACCUCCAGCUAUUCAACAAUUAGCAUCUGCUCUACUAACAGCACAGGGUAAUGGAGCUGUUCCUGCCCAACAACAAGCUGCACCUCAAAGUGCCACAAGUCUUGGUAGUUCAGAAACUAUGACAGCGGCAGACAUUUUACAAGCUGUUCAAGCCGUCUUAACAGAGAGUUUAGUUCAAAAAGUUGAUGCCAUUAUUCAAUUUCAAAUAACUGGAGAUACAGGAGGUUUAUAUUACCUGGAUUUGAAACAUGGAAAAGGUACUGCUGGAGAGGGAAUGGCACCUAACGGAGAAUCAGAUGCAACACUAAUGAUGUCUGUGGAUGAUCUCCAGGCAAUGUUUACAGGUCAAAUUAAACCAUUCCAGGCGUAUAUGUCUGGAAGACUUGAGGCAGCCGGUGAUUUAGAUGCAGCUAUGAGAUUAGAAGAGGUUAUUAAAAAAAUAACAGGGAAGUCCUGAGGUGAAGACAUGAUGUUUGAAAAAAUCUAGACAUCAUUUCAUGUUAAUAGAUCAAAAUAUAUUAGAAGCAUGACAAGCCACAUCAUUCAUAUUAUAUUUCAAAAGUUAAAAUAUUUUAAUUAAGAGACUGUUAUUAUUAUGUUGUUUUUAUGUUAUAAAGUGGAUCUGAGUAUAAAAGACAAUCAUGAAAAUGAUAGGCCAAUUCUAAUUACUAUAUUUUUCUAAGAGAGAUAAAGAUGGUAGUUGGUUUAGAGUUGCAUAUUUUAUCGCAAAAGGAAAAGCCAGAGAAUGUCUGAGGUUCUUUCUUGGACACCUGAUACCACUUCUCAUGGUAGUCCACAUUACUAAGUAGGUGUUGCAUUGUGUCGGAGCUAAAUCUGCCUAUUCCAUGUCUUUAGUGAUUCAUGUCAUACAUGAGGUAGGGUAUGCUUACUAUUUCUAGAACACCUGAUACCACUAAGCAUAGCUACUUAACUUGUUCUACAGUUGUAUAUUUCAAGAUUUCUUGAAUAAUUUCAAAAUAAUUUAAUUUGGUACAUAAAAUACUUCAUGGUUUUUAGAAAAUAAAAAUCAUAAAUCUGUCAAUAUUGUUCCUAUAAAAAAAAUCUCUAUUCAGAUUCUUGUCUGAUUUAAUGAGUUCCUACAAUAUGUAUUUUUGUGUCUUGUAGGGAUAAGUGGAUAACACUAGUUCAAUAUGACAACAAGGGUUCAAUAUUAAUUUGUGGCUUAAGUGAAUUUAACAAGAUUAUACAAGAGUUAUUGACCUAGACUUUGAUUUUUUGAGAUUUGCCAUUUUCUAAAACCUCCAAGUUAGCUUAUUUAUAAUAGGCUGGUAGGAGAACUUCAGAUUAACAGCAGCUGUAAAAAAUAAAAUCCGAAACAAAUGA